AUGCCCACCCCUGUAGACAAGUACUGUGGCCAGCAUCCAGAACUCUGCAUUUCUCUGUUACCCUGUGUCGACCUCUUCAUCCUCCAAGGUGGUGGACCGUAUACAGCGGUGGCCAAGCUGGUCAGAGGCCUCAGUAGCCACGAGUCCGUGGACAACAGUCUGUACAGCCGUCCCUACAGUCUGAGCGACCCAUCGGCGCCGCAGCGGCCCAGCUUGAACCCAUCCGGGUCGGACCAGAGUUGGCACGCGGUAGCUUCGGGCGUUCAGAACUUGCCAGGCGCCUUCCUCCGGGCCCCUCCAGACGGGUCCUCUCCUCCUCGCCUCCAUCGAACGGCUGGUUCCCUUCUGGAGGAAGGGGGGCAUCCAGACCCAUUUGAGGACAUGCAGGGUAACUCAUCCCACCAGGAGGGGUCUGUGUCUGUAGAUGACGUUGUUGAAGAGUCUAGCCCCUCUGAUGUGGUCUCAAGGGUUUUUAGUGCUGCUAAGAUUGUGGGGUUGUCAGCCCCAGUGGAAGCCCCAAGUCCAGCGGAGGGCGUCUGGACAGGAAUUUCGCAGGCCAGGCCCUCAGUGGCUAUCCCGGCAGCGGGGGAUUAUUGUCAGAUGUUGAAAUGGGCUUGGAAUACGCCUAGCAGUGCACCCCAGUUUAAUGCAGGCUGCAGGAAGCUGGCUGAAGCUCAGUACCCAGCUGGGACUGGACUGGGUGAUAUGCCCCCAGUGGAGAAGGAGAUGGCCUCUCUGACUUCUCUUGGCCUGGACAGGGUGACAGCUGACCCUCAUUGCCCUCGGAGGGAGUGUGAUAAGACAGAUCGUUUGGUCUGUAAGGCCUACAAUUCUGCUGCCCGUGCAGCCCGAGCUGGAAAUGCUCUUGCUAUUUUGUUAGCGGCUAUUAGAAGGACUGCCAACACAAAUGACCAGGAUACAAUGAAUGUAAUUGAUGCUGCCCUCUCCACUCACUCCCAACUUACUAGGGAUGUUGGCUCAGUUAUGUCAUCAGCCAUGCUGACCUGCAGACAGAUCUGGCUGGCUCAGACGACCUUUCCAGAGAACAUUUGGAGGGAGCUGGUCAACAUGCCAGUGGAAGCGGGGAGGGUGUUUCACUCUGAUUCACAGUCUGUGCUAGACAAAGCAGAACAGUCUGUGCGAACUAGGGAGUGCGUCCGGCGCACAUUUAGACGCCAGGGGGCGCUAAGGCAGGCCUCAGCAACAGCCCUUUCAGCCCAGAUUCACAUCAAAGGGGGCUCCCCAACAGAGGUGGCCUCCCAAAGGCUGCGCCUGGACAGCUGGGAGAAGACUGUCUCAGACCUGUGGGUCCUAGCAACAGUCAAAAGGGGCUACAGACUUCAAUUUUGGCGGCGGCCCCCAUCUUUUUCCAGGGUCCGUGUGACAACGGUAAAGGACCCAAUCCAGGCAAGCAUUCUGGCCAAAGAAAUCAUGGCACUGCUUCAAAAAGACGCUAUUGCAAGGGUAAGUCUGAACAAACAGCACACUCGCUUUUAUUCAGCAUAUUUCCUGGUCCCCAAAAAGGAUGGGGGGCUUCACCCCAUCCUAGACCUCAGGCGCCUGAAUGUUUACAUGAAGGUUUUACCUUUCAAGAUGCUCCACACAAAGCAUAUCCUGGACUCAGUGGAGCCAGGGGAAUGGUUUACCACUAUCGAUCUCAAAGAUGCAUACUUCCACAUCACUAUCUUUAUGGAGCGUCGGCAGUUUCUCAGGUUUGCCUUUCAAAGCCAAGCCUAUGAGUUCAAAGUUCUCCCGUUUGGCCUCUCUCUGUCACCCGGGGUCUUCACAAGAGUGGUCGCGGCGGCCCUGCUACCACUUCAAAGGGCAGGGCUGAAGAUCAUGCCAUAUCUCGACGAUUGGCUGAUCUGCGCAGUUUCUCGCGAACAGGUCAUACAGGACACAGAGAGGGUCCUGACCCACAUUCAGUCACUCGGCUUCAAGGUGAACUUCGAGAAGAGCAACCUAGAGCCACGACAGGUAACAGUCUUUUUGGGGUUGUGUCUGAAUUCGGUCACAAUGAAGGCAUCUCUAACCCCCCAGAGGGUGACCAAGAUUCUCGGGACCCUUCGCUCAUUUCGCGCAGGCACACACUUAGAACUGGUCUGUUUUCAGAGACUGCUGGGACUGAUCUCAGCAGCAGUGGUGGUUGUUCCACUAGGUCUUCCCAGGGCCCGGCCACCCCAACGGUGGCUGAAUGCCUUCAAACUACACCCACACAGGGACAGGCGUGUGAAGCUCCUUGUAACACAGGCGUGUUUGAGAGCCCUGUGUCCUUGGCGGAGCUACAGGACACUUACAGGGGGAGUCCCCCUGGGGUACCUGCCUUCCAGGCGGACGCCUGUAUAAACAGAUGCCUCACGCACAGGUUGGGGGGCAGUGUGGGAAGGCAGGAUGGUGAGGGGUCUUUGGAGACCCCCAUGGGACAAGGAACACAUCAAUGUGCUGGAGCUCAGGGCUGUUCAUCUGGCCCUAAGAGCCCUGUCACCCUUCAUAGAUGGCAGGCACGUCCUUGUGAGGACAGACAGCUCUGCCACUGUGUAUCAUAUAAAUCACCAGGAGGGUAUGAGGUCUUGCCAAUGCCUCAAGGUGGCUCAGAGUCUGCUGUUCUGGGCCUUCCCAUGCCUGGCCUCCCUCGGGGCGGUUCAUAUACCAGGGGUCCUGAACAGGGGUGCAGAUCUCCUCUCCAGGUUAGGGCUGCCCCCAGGAGAAUGGAGGCUACACCCACAAAUAGUGACAGGGUUGUGGGCGCACUUUGGUGUACCGCAGGUCGAUCUUUUUGCAUCACAAUAAACAACUCAUUGUCAAGAGUGGUUCUCCCUGACUUAUCCGAGCGGGCCCUUGGGCCUGGAUGCACUGUCUCACGAGUGGCCGGAAGGGUUACUGUACGCUUUUCCCCCACUACCCCUGGUUCCCCAUGUGCUGACCAGGGUCAGUCAGGGGGCUUACAGGGUUCUGUUGAUAGCACCCCAUUGGCCAAGGAAACACUGGUUUCCGGCCCUUCUUCACCUUGUGCACGGCAAACCCUGCCCUCUUCCACUCAGGGCAGAUCUCCUCUCUCAGGCAGCGGGACAAAUCUGGCAUCCAAACCCAGCUAUCUUACAGCUGUGGGCCUGGCCCCUCCUCAGUCCGCCUCUCAGGGUCUGA